GCUAACCGCUCCCCCCACCCAAUUUCCAAACAUUUGUCCCAUUCACGGAGCCAUGACUGAAUCCUCUGAGUUCAAGCCCUUCGCGGCACAGCUGUCCAAUGUUUACCUCACCAUCUUGGCGCUGUUCUGCUUCAAGCUCUUCGUCAGAAUCACGCUGAACCUACUGACGUACUUCUAUAUAAUCAGGGGGAACCGUAAAGAAGCGGCCAGAAUAUCCGCAGAGUUCUACGAUUCUGGCCAAGGACAGACUGGUUUGGCAGUAAUAAAGGGAUGAAGGCAGGUGAUGACGAUGACAAGGAUGUGUGGAACGCCACGGCGGGCAUUAUGGAGAUCGACUCAGGGCCAUGGGUAGAUAGGACACCCCUCCAUGACGCAGCCUAUCACGGAAGACUGCUCUGUCUUAAGACCCUCAUCUUUCAGGGUCACAGUGUGAAUGCCCUGACGAUAGACCACGUGAGCCCUCUUCAUGAAGCCUGUAUUGGCAACCAUGUUUCCUGUGCACGGGCCCUCAUUGAUGCUGGUGCUAAUGUGAAUUUGAGCACCAUAGAUGGCGUUACGCCCCUGUUGAACUCGGUCAUUGUGGGCAGUGUGGGAUGUGCGGAGUCCCUCCUGGAGAGCGGGGCAAGACCCCAGGCCGCCGCCACCUGUCAGCCCUCCCCCCUUCAUGAGGCAUGUGCCCGAGGCCACAUUAAGUGUGUGGAAGCCCUGAUUACCUGGGGGGCGGAUGUGGACAUGGACCUGCCUGCCAGCGGGACACCUCUCUACACCUCAUGCCGUACUAGGCACCCCUUGUGUGCCAAGAGACUGCUGGAUGCAGGAGCAGACGUUCAGCUGGGCACGGCGAUGGACACACCGCUACACAUGGCUGCAGAGAGGGACUGCACUGAGCUUGUGCAGCUCCUGCUGGAGUUUGGGGCCGACGCCAACGUGAGAAACGUGGAGUUCAAGAGGCCUGUUGAGUCAGCGCCACCCGGCAGUCUCACUGAAGGCUUUCUGCUUGUGUAUGAGGCUACCCCACGUAUCUUGAGCCAUUUGUGCCGUCAGCGAAUCAGAGAAUGUGCUGGUCGCCAGAGACUUCACCUGCUCCCCAGCCUGCCUCUUCCUAAAGCUCUCAGAAACUUUGUGUGCUUCAGAUAGUGACACCAGUUCUGCUGCUGGACCCCAAAGUAGCCUUUGGUGCCAUAGAUGUUUGGUUCCCCAAAAGCACUUUCCCAUGCAUGCAUUUUUGAAUGUUUGUUCUUCUCAAGUUCAUUUCAGCAUCUAUGUUGCUUUAAUAAAACUUCAUAAAAUCUAUUAACAAUUAAAAAGUAUAGGCUACAUAGGCCUCUUUUCUUAAUCUUUGAGCAUAGGCUAUAGCCAAAGAAUGUAACCAUAGCACUGCUACUACAAUAACAAUGCUACUACAAUAACACAGCCAUUAUGCCAACUACAAACCUCUGGAGACUUUUCAACGUUUGUAUUCCAAGCCAGAGGUGGCAGUAAAAGGGUUUUCUGGCGCCAAAUCCUUGAGGCCCGAUGGAAGUCCGUUGUCAUAGAGAUGUAAACAAUAAAGUCUAAACUCUCACCCCGUUGGGUUUU